AUGAGCGCAUCAGUCGAAGUUAUCUUUGAUAAUAAUGAUGAACAAAUGUCAUUACCUACUGGAGUUAAACCUAAACCUAACAAUGAAGUAUCUAUAAGAAGAACCAUUGGGUUGAAAAAAGAUGAUUAUCAAAUUAAUGAUAGAAAUAUUACUAGAGGAGAUAUGAUUCGAAUGUUGGAAAGCGUUGGAUUUUCCAUGAGUAAUCCAUAUAACAUUGUACCUCAAGGUAAAAUAAUUGCCUUGACUAAUGCCAAGGAUAAAGAAAGAUUAUUAUUAUUAGAGGAAGUUGUUGGUGCUAAAUCAUUUGAAAAUAAACUUCAAGCAUCAUUAUUAAAGAUGGAUGAAACAGAACAAAAAAGAUUUCAAAUUAAUAAAGAGAUGAAAGAAUUGGAAAAUAAAUUGAAUGAGAUGGAACAAGAGAAAAUUGAAUUGGAGAAAUAUAAUAAUUUGGAGAAAAAUAAAAAAGUUAUACAAUUCAAUCUUUAUGAUCGAGAAUUGAAUGAUAUUAUAAACCAAAUUGAAAAAUUAGAUAUUGAAUAUAAUUCUAUUUUAAUAUCAAGUGAAAAAUAUUUGCAAGAAUUAGAUAAAAGAGAAUUAAUUAUUGAACAAUUGAAAAUGAAAUUAAAUCAUAUUGAAGAUGAAUUAAAGAUUAAAAAUCAAAGUGAAUUUGAAGAAUUGAAUAAUACAAAGGAUGCAAUUUCACAAAAAAUUACUAAUUAUCAAAUUAAAAUUAAAGAAUUUGAAAAUAAAAUUAAAACAAAUAAAAGUCAAUUAAAAAUUAAUAAUCAAAAUUUAAAAUUAUUAGAUGAAUUGAUUAAUGAAAAACAAUUAGAAUUGAAUGAGAUUAAACCUCAAUAUGAAGAAUUGAACAAUGUUAAUCAAGAUUUAAAAUUUGAAAUUAAUAAAUUAAAAGAUCAAGAAAAAAUUUUAAUUAUUAAAAAUAAUAAAUAUUCACAAUUUGCCAAUAUUGAAGAACGAAAUGAAUGGAUUCAAGAAGAAAUUAACAAUUUGAAUUUGAAUUUAACCACAUUAAAUAAUACAUGUAAGGGCUUAGAGGAUGAAGAAAUGGAUUUGACAAGAGAAUUUGAUGAAAUCAAUCAAAAAAUCCAAGAUUUAAAUACAAGUAUUAAUGAAUCGACAAUCACCAUUGAUGAGAUUGAACAUGAAAUAAAAGAUUUGAAUGAAAUGUAUACCAAGGAAAUUGAUAAGAGGAAAGAAUUAUGGAGAGAAGAAAAUAAAUUGGAUACAGUAUUAGAAACUAAUCUUGAUUCAAUUAAUCGAAUUGAAAGAUCAAUUAAUGAAAACAUUGAUUAUAGUUUAUCUCAAGGUAUAAGUAAUGUUAAAGAAAUUGUUAAUAAAUUAAAUAUCCCAGAGACAAGUAUAUAUGGUACAUUGGGAGAAUUAAUUAAAGUAUCUGAAAAAUAUAAAAGAUGUGUUGAGAUUAUUGCUGGAAAUUCAUUAUUUAAUAUUAUUGUGGAUACAGAUGAAACUGCGAGUCAAAUUAUGAAUGAAUUAAUUCGAAUGCAAAAUGGUAGAGUUACAUUUAUUCCAUUGAAUCGAAUUGAAAAUGGGGUGAAUAUAAAUUAUCCAUCCAAUGAAGAAUCUAAUUGUACUGCAUUAAUUAAAAAAAUUAAAUAUGAUAAAAAAUUUGAAAAAGUGAUUCGAAAUGUAUUUGGUAAAACCAUUGUAGUGAAAGAUUUACAAUUGGGGAACCGAUUAUGUAAAGAAUUCAAAUUACAAGCCAUUACAUUGGAUGGUGAUAGAAUAGAUUCGAAAGGUGUAGUUAGUGGUGGUUAUUUUAAUAUCAAUAGACGUAGUCGAUUGGAUAAUUUAAAAGAAUUACAACGUAGUAGAAAUGUUUAUAAGAAUACGAUGAAAGAACUUGCCCAAAUAAAAGAUGAGAUUUCUCAAAUAGAUGAUGAGAUUGAUAAGAUCAAUGCUGAGAUUAGAGAAGUGAGUGGUAAGAGAGAACGUGUUAUGAUUAAGAAUGAAGAUGGGAGAUUGAAAUUGAACCAAUCCAAGACUCAAUUGUAUAAUUUAGAAGAGACAAUGGUGAAUGUUAAGAAUAAACGAGAACAAAUGGAGAAGAAUGUUUUGUUGAAUGAGGCGAAAUUGAAAGAAUAUGAAUUGGAAAUGAAUAAAGAAUUUGUGAAUGGCAAUGAUGGUGAGUUGGGUGAUGGCGAUGAUGAGUUGCGUGAUAUUAGUUUACAAUUGAAAUCCAAAGAGGAAAAGAUGUUACAACAAAAUGAAUCGUUAAUGGCAUUACAAAUUCAAAUGGAUGAAUUGAAAGCUGAAUUAGAAUCGAAAUUAAUUCGUCAACGAGAUGAAGUGGAAUUGAAAAUCUUACAAUGUGAUAAUGAAGGGAUGGAAGAAGAAUUGAAAAAUUUGCAAUAUCAAGAGAUGGAUGAAACCAAAGCCAUGGAAACAAUUGAAAAUGAUAUCGACAAGAUGUACAAGGAUUUGAAAGAAUUGAAAGAACGCAAGGGUAAAGAGAAUGAAGUGUUGAACAAGGCCAAUUCACAACAGAUGUUAUUAGUGGAGACGUUGGAGAAAUACAAGCAAGAUGUGGAGAAAAUCAUGAUCAAAAGGAGUACGUUGAAUAAACGUAAAGUUGAAGUGGAGACACAAAUUCGAGAAGUUGGGUUAAUCAGUGAAGAUGCUCUGACGAAAUAUACGGAUAUCCAGAGUGAAGAACUUGUGGAACAAUUGAAUGAUUGUAAUGAUCAAAUGAAGGAAUUUAGUAAUGUGAAUAAACGUGCGUUGGAGAAUUUCAAGAAAUUCCAUGGCAAAAGAGAGGAAUUGAUGGGUCGUAGCCAUGAGUUGGAGGAAAGUGAAGAGAGUAUCAAAGAAUUGAUUGAUAAUUUGAAAGAACAAAAAGUGAAUGCUGUGGAAAGAACGUUUAACCAAGUGUCUGAGAAUUUCAGUGAUAUCUUUGAACAGUUGGUUCCACGAGGCACGGGUGAGUUGGUGAUUGGUCGUCAAGGACAAGAAUAUAGUGGGGUUUCGAUCCAAGUGUCGUUCAAUAGCAAGAACGACGAACAAUUGCAAAUCGAACAGUUGAGUGGGGGGCAAAAGACGGUGUGUGCGAUUGCGUUGAUCCUUGCGAUCCAACAGGUGGACCCUGCGCCGUUUUAUCUGUUUGAUGAGAUCGAUGCUGCGUUGGAUAAGGAGUAUCGGAAGAGUGUGAGUCAAGUGAUCAAGCGUCUUUCACAAAACGGGACGCAAUUUAUUCUGACGACGUUCCGAAGCGACAUGAUAGAGAUUGCGGAUAUGAUCUACAUGGUGAAAUACCACAACAAGGUGUCUAGUGUGUACGAGACGAAUAAGACGAUUGCUAUGAAUUUUGUUAAGGGUAAAUAG